AUGGGUCCUUUCUUUGCGAUGCUUCUGGCCUUGCCGGCGGUGAUGGCACAGCAGCCUUCGAAAGACUGGUGUAACGAAGGUAUUAAAGUCCCGGACUUUCAGGAUGAUGGUGGAAAUCUGAGUGUGGAGUUCUUCGUGGUGCAAGCACCGUUGUUUUCUACCAAUCCCCACAUCGGCACCAAGCUUCGCUGGCUCAACUUGUACCACACUGCGCUGGUGCUGCAGCAGCAGCUGCCAGGUCGGGAUCCGGAGGGUUGA